UUGACAUAUAGAGACCAUUUGCAAAUACUUUGACCACUUUGUUGGGAUCUUUUAUCAAGUAGAUCCUUAUUGUUUUUAAUAAUUAAGCAUAAAAUUAUUCUACAUAAUGUCUUCAUUGCGCCCAUUUGUUAGAAGCACCGUGAAUCGCAUGAAUGCUGUUCGUGGACAAUGUAGAAACAGCUCCUACGGUCAUCAUGGACCUCCAGCAGAUUAUGUUCCUCCAUCCAUGAAUGAGCUACCAACUCCACAAGGAUCCUGGCAAGCUAAACACGAUGCCCGCCAAAGGAAAUAUAAUGCAACCCUUCUUGCUGGCGUUGUGUCUUUACUGGAACUCUCAUUUUUAUGAAAGCAACAGGGUUCG